AUAUCGCUCCAAAUAGCCGGACCCGGUUUAUGGCACUCACUCGUUCUCUCGUAGGAAGCUGUUCUCGAUUGGAUUAAUUCCCAGCGCGCCGAGUGGCAGCUUCAGUUGGUUAACGCGACCGUUCCUAAACGUUGCCUGCGAAAUCGACUACCACGAGUCGAGGUCGGCUCCAGAGAACCACAUCAGUGGCGCCUGGGGGUUCCGGUCACGUGACACACGUGUGCACUCCUGACACUCAGUACAUGCCACUAACACAUUCCAACUUGCCCACAGCCACUCACUUAAACAACUUCUGCAGUCAGAGGGUCAAAUUUGGAUUGCCGGUAGCAACUGGAUCUACUACCAUCCGGCGAUUAAACUCGUUUCAAGGCUCAAGGCCACCCAAGGUCAGCCACUUGAAAAAUCUUCAGGAGAAGAACUAUGAAAACAAACAUUUUCGAACUGGAAUUAAAAAUUGUGGAGUGGGGGGGUCGAGUUCGGACUUUUUGCUAGAUGUUGGGAAGUGAGAUAUCUAGAAGUGAGACAAGUUUCAACUUGAUUGUAUUAGUUCCUUUUGUAACCACUUGUUAUUUUUACUUAAAAUCCGGGUUUUUGAAUUUUCGGACAAGGAUAUAAAAUUUGGGUUUGGAGAUAUCGAGUUCGAACCUUUUGCUUCAUGCUGGAGAGUGAUAAUUCUAAAAGUGUUGCAAAUUUCAACUCUACUAGAUGGAUAGUCUCUUGGUAAUCACUUCUUGCUCAGACCAUGUUUGUGUUAUAAGGACCUUUCGUAAAAGGACUUCUUUCUGAGAAAAGGAAAUCAAACGGAAGUAUUUAAAAAGAUAAGGUCGGUGAUAAAGACUUAUAUGGGCAAUGGACAUGCUUCCAUCGAAAAUUCCAAUGAUGACACUAAUACCAAGAACUGUGAGAGUGUUUUCCAUUAAAAAUAAAUGACAGCGACAUUGAAGUUACUAUUUACUGAUACUAAUCUUCAAUAUGCUGACAAAGCAAUUAUAGAAUGAAAGUAAUCUUUUAAUGUAUUUGAAGUUCUUACACUGCCUGGUACAAGACUUAUUGUUGAAGAUUUUUGGAUGGUCAGAUUGGUCAGGCCAGGAAGCAUCCUCAUUAAUUUGUGACUCAACAAUGCACGCCUACUAAUCACUCCGGUGAUGAUCACCGACGCAAAAUCCUAUCCCAAGCAACAACCAAGACUCAACUCAAUGGGAAAACAAAACAACGUCCGAAAGAUGAGCACCAUGCCUGAAGAAGAUGGGUCUGAUGAUGCAGAGCCAGACAUCACCAGGGUUCAUCAAGAUCCUGACUCAGACUCACCAGAGGAACAUGGAAGGCUUUUAACCAACACGCGGAAAAUUGUUGUCACUCCUGCCAGCACCGGAUCCACUGGAUCAACCGGAAAUGGAGUUAAGAGGUCUAGCAGCGGUAAUAGCAGUACUGAUAGUGUCCAUGAAAAAUUGUCGCGUGGCUACCAAUCUGGCCGACUGGCAGCGCUCGAUGCUGGGUCCAGGGAUAAUUCCUACCGAGAUACUUCGAUCUCUCAGAGUGGAAGGAUCAGUCGCGGGUUGGAACUCUAUGGAAGUCGACAUCAUAGGUACCCAAGUAUGAGGUCCCUAAAGUCGAAUGCGACUGAUGAUCCUCAACAUCUUCACCUACCCAGUAAUCAUCACUUUCAACAACCACCUGCAGCUAGUUGGGCUUCCAUUGUUUUUGAUGGUGGACACUAUGGCAGACCGUUUCCGGAUUCGGUCUCGAUUCGCUCUCUAGCCUCGAUUGGUAUGGGGUCAUCGGAUGGAAGGAAACUCACGAUAAGGAGAGUCCCCACUUCACCAUCAGAACUGCUUAACAUGGUACAUCCGCCGACCCCGGUAGAGGAUGAUCUUUCAACCUGUAGUACGUAUGAUGAGGGGGAUGUUGGAGAUCAAGAAGAUUAUCGACAGCCAAAAAGACCCCAUUGGGAGAACAAAGUGCAAUUUGUUCUUGCCUGUAUUGGAUAUUCCGUUGGACUCGGAAAUGUCUGGAGGUUUCCCUACCUUUGCUACAAAAGUGGUGGAGGUGUAUUUUUAGUACCUUAUUUUAUAAUACUCAUAGUAUGCGGAGUGCCAUUGCUCUACAUGGAGCUCGCUAUAGGUCAAUUUACUCGUCGUGGACCAAUCGGUGCUCUUGGGCAAAUUUGCCCCCUACUGAAAGGAGCCGGUUUGUCUUCUGUGGUGAUAUCGUUCCUGAUGUCGACCUACCACAACGUGAUAAUAGCGUACGCAAUAUAUUAUUUCUUUACGGCGUUCAAAGCCGAUCAACCAUGGUCUGACUGCGAUAAUUUGUGGAAUACUGAGUUUUGCUGGUCAGCUGCCGUCCACUCCAUAGGCAAUCGAACUGCCCCCAGCACGUCGAGAACACCCUCCGAGGAGUUUUUCGACAAGAAAGUGCUGCAAAUAAGCGAGGGGAUCGAGCACCCUGGGAUCAUCAGAUGGGAACUUGCAGCUUGCCUGGUCACUGCCUGGGUCAUGGUUUACUUUUCGAUUUGGAAGUCAAUCAAAUCCUCGGCCCGCGUCAGGUACCUCACUGCAACCCUACCCUUCUUUCUGAUCGUCGUCGUCCUCUUCAGGGCGAUUACACUCGAGGGAGCCGAAAAAGGGCUCCAGUUCUUCUUCAGGGUCGAUUGGUAUCGACUCAAAGACGCUAAGGUUUGGGUGCAUGCAGCCGCUCAAAUUUUUAAUUCGGUUGGCAUUGCAUUUGGGUCUAUGAUAUGCUUCGCCAGUUACAACAAAUUUCACAAUAAUAUUUUGGUGGACACUUUGGCGGUUUCUUUAAUUAAUGCCUUUAGUAGUCUACUGGUUGGAAUUUUCACAUUUGCGACCAUUGGAAAUAUUGCUUUCGAGCAGAAUACUUCUGUUCAGGCAGUUUUGACUGAUGGACCUGGCCUAGUCUUUGUGGUAUAUCCACAGGCUUUGGCCAAAAUGCCAGCCUCGCAACUUUGGGCAGUACUCUUUUUCUUUAUGCUUGUCUGCCUCUCUCUUAAUAGCCAAUUUGCAAUUGUAGAAGUUGUCGUAACUUCGAUCCAAGAUGGAUUUCCGAAUUGGGUCAAACGACAUCUCCAUUGUCAUGAAAUGCUCGUUCUUCUCAUAUGUGUCGUUUCAUUUCUUUUUGGUUUGCCCAACGUAACUCAGGGUGGAAUAUAUUUUUUCCAACUCAUCGAUCACUAUGCAGCUUCGAUAUCAAUAAUGUUCCUGGCAUUUUUUGAAGUUAUCGCCAUUUCUUGGUUUUAUGGAGCAGGGAGGCUUUCCAAUAAUAUUAAGGAAAUGACUGGACGACUUCCAUCAAUUUAUUUCCGAUUUUGUUGGCUUGUAGCCAGUCCUCUUCUCAUUAUGGCUGUCUGGGUCUUCAGUUUAAUCGAUUACGAGGCUCCAACUUAUCACAAAGGAGAAUACAAAUAUCCAUUCUGGGCAGAAACAAUUGGAUGGGGAAUAGCCUCACUUUCCCUAAUUUGCAUACCUGCUUUUGCGAUCUGUGUCCUUUUUCGAGCUGAAGGGAAAUCUCUUUCCGAGAAAAUAAAAAAUUCCGUGAAGCCGCAUUUUGAGGCCUGCACAAUUUGUGGCCAGGAAUACUGCACAGAACCACUACAUUCCUUUGAGGAAGAUCUUUUGAAAGAGCCUCUUCAGGAAAUGAAUAGUCUUAUUCAAACAAACCCAAAUUAUCAAAUUCCAAAAUCGCAAACAUAAAUAAUUACAGAAAUUAAAGAAAAAUAAUUUAAAUUAUUGAAAAUGAUUACAUAAUGGUCAAUUAGCACAAAAAUAUUUUUGUAUUUAUUUUUGCAGAAAGAAGGGUUCGAAUUUUGGUUGAAACCAUAUUCAAGUAUACAUAAACUAUAUAAAUUUUUGUAAUUUCAAUGAAAAACUUGCAUUUACAAAAGGAGGUAAAAAAUCAAAUCUAUCAUAUUAAGAAGACGCGCAACGAAAGAAAAUCAUUCAGAAAAUACAUCAUCCAAUGUUACAAAAUAUUUUUUAAUAAACAAAUUCCUACAGUA